AUGGACUACGAGAAGGGCAAGUCGUUUGGAGCCUCGAGCUACCCUCCCUCUUACAUGAGCGACCACCAAGAGGCGCCGGCAUAUCACACCCCUAGAUUCAACUACGCGGCGACGGACUCUAGUACGCUGGUCCCCGCAACCGCCAGGUUUCCUCCGACGUUCAGCUGCUACGGGCAGUGGAAAUGGAAGGAACUGUACACCCUCGGCCCGUCCUCGGACGAGAAGUUGUUCGCCGUCUCCUUCGACACCAAGCUCUUCUCCAAGAAGCAGUCGCUCUUCCUCCACGGCGGCUCGAGCGACAAAGCGCCGAUCGUCGCCACGACGAGCAGGAAGUCUCACGGGUGGCAUGACCGGGCCACCAUCACCCUCCACAGAGACAACGGAGACGACCAGGAGAUCCAGUUCGAGAGGCCGGAGAACGCGAGCUGGACGAAGAGCGAAGUGCGCGCCUUCCGCAUCGAGGUGCGCAAGGGGGUCGUGGAGGAGUUCCAGUGGAGGACGUCGCACGGGGACGAGAUCAAGGAGCUCGCCGGCCACUCGUACGGGUGGAAGCUGGUGCACAUGGGUCGACCGCAGCACGGCGGCGGCGGCGGCGGCGGCGGCGGGGGGCAGUCCUUCGGCUACACGAGCGACGGCCACGAGGUCGUCGCCGUGCUGGCCCACAACAUGUCGUGGAGCAUGACCAAAGGGUACAACUUUGGCUUUCUGGGCACCGGUUUGACGGGGAUUUGGGGCGCCGAGUGGGAGACGGCGGCCGUCAUUUCCGGCUUUUGGCUGUGGCAUCUUUCGCUCACCAACGCCGGCGCCAACUCUUCUGCUGCGGCCGGCGCAUCGGCUGCGGUGGCCGCAUGCUAA